UCUGCGGCAAUGGAUGCUGAUACUGGAUCAGACUCCAGUCCUCGGGGUCCGGGCUGCAGCCUCCGGCACUUUGCUUGUGAACAAAACCUGCUGUCCCGGCCGGACGGCUCUGCUUCUUUUCUGCAAGGAGAUACCUCAGUCCUGGCAGGUGUGUAUGGGCCAGCGGAGGUGAAGGUCAACAAGGAGAUCUUCAAUAAGGCCACACUCGAAGUGAUCCUGAGGCCGAAGAUUGGGCUGCCUGGCAUGGCUGAGAAGAGCCGGGAGCGGAUGAUCAGGAACACGUGUGAGGCUGUGGUGCUGGGAGCCCUCCACCCCCGCACCUCCAUCACUGUGGUGCUACAGGUCGUCAGUGAUGCUGGCUCUCUUCUGGCCUGUUGCCUGAAUGCUGCCUGCAUGGCACUUGUGGAUGCAGGUGUGCCCAUGCAAGCUCUCUUCUGCGGGGUCACCUGUGCCCUGGACUCUGAUGGGACCCUCAUGCUAGACCCCACAGCCAAGCAGGAAAAGGAGGCCCGGGCAGUACUGACCUUUGCUCUUGAGAGCGUGGAGCAGAAGCUACUGAUGUCCACCACCAAGGGACUCUACUCCGACACUGAGCUCCAGCAGUGCUUGGCCGCGGCCCAGGCUGCCUCCCAACACGUCUUCCGCUUCUACCGGGAAUCGCUGCAGAGGCGCUACUCCAAGAGCUGAUCUGAGGCAAGCCGGGGCAGGGCGCCUCUCCUGCUGCCACCACCCACCGCCUCCAGCCCAAAGCCAGCCAGUGCCCAGUCUUACCUCUAUCCAUAUGCCCCUGUGGCUGCAGGGGCUCCUGUGUCAGACUGGGGAGAAGGGACUCGGGGACAGAGCCUUUGUGCCUGACAGCCCUGGGCCUGGGGGAACAGAUCUUCCCCCUCCCUCAAGGGUAACAUUAAAGGGA